AUGAUCGACAUGUACGCCGCCGUCGACGCCGCAGCCAUUCAGCCUGCCGAGAGCGCUCUUCUGACCGCCCUCCCCUGCCGCGACGCCCACACCGAGGACACCAACGCACCAGGCUCUCUUGUCCCCGUUCACCCAGCCGGCGCAGUGUUGUCCUCCUUCCAGCACGCAGCCCCCUCCGCCCGACCCGCAGCCCGGCUUCAAGACCGCCUGCUCGCCCUCCUACCCCUCCGCCCGCGCCGCCCAGGCACCGCGCCACCCAGCCCAAAGCCGUGCCCAAGCCCGACCCCCAGCCUACAAGUGUUCGACGAGGUCGAGGAGUUGGCACUUUACAUCGUGGACGUGGUCGUGGUGCCCAACAUGACCCUCAUUGGGAGCCGCAGUCCAGUGGAUGGUGGGGAAUGGCCAGCGCGCCAGAUCCCGAUCUCAUUGUUCGACCCUAUGUGCAACUUCGGGCUGAGGAAAAGGUUCCUCUGA